AAGUUCAAAGUGUCUCUUUUUUCCAAUUCUCCCUUCUUUUAACCAGUCCUCUCAUUCCCCAACGUGUUGUGAAGAUACUUUCUGUUUAGCGAAGACAGGCGAUAACUCCGAAGCAAAGAGAUAUUAUUAAAAGACUUGUUGGUAGAAACGAUCAGAUGGAGACGGAGAAGAAAAAUAGCAAGGAGAUAGGUCUGAAACACCUAGGGUUCGUGAGAGUCGCGGCGAUACAUGUUCUCGUUAGCCUCUCGAGCCUCUACGGCUACGCGAAACGAAACUCCGGUCCUCUUAAACCGGCGGUGGGGAAGGUGGAAGGAGCCGUCACCACCGUCGUCACCCCUGUCUGCAACAAACUCAAGGAUGUUCCAGAUACUCUCCUCCUCUUUCUAGAUCACAAGGUCGGUGAAGUUUCGGACAAGUUUGAUAAGCAUGCUCCAACGAUGGCUAAGAAAGUAGCAAAACAAGCUAAUGUGUUGAUCCAGAAGGCUCAGUCCUUUGUGAAAGAGGCUCGUACCGGUGGUCCCAGAGCUGCUUUUAACUAUGCUGCAUCCGAGUACAAGUGUUUCCUUGUGAACAGCUCUGUUAAAGUCUGGGCUAAACUCAACCGAUAUAAACCGAUUCAUGCAGUGGGGAACAAAGCUCUGCCCGUGGCUGCGCACGUGUCUGGUAUUUACAACGAUUUGGUGACGGACAUGACCCAGAUGGGUUACCCUGUGGUUGGUUAUUUCCCUUUAGUUCCUGUUGAUGACAUUGUCAAGGCUUAUGAAAAGGAGGAAGGUGCAGCGCAGAGGAAAGGAGAUGCUGCUGCUGCUGCUGCUGAUGGAAAUAAAUCGUCGUCUGAUUCGGAUACUGAUUGAAAAACGCUUCUGUGAUUUAAAGCUGUUUGUUUUUUGGUUGGGUUUUGGUUACUUGUGUAAAUGAUCUUAUUAGGCCCUCUCUUGUUUUCCUUUUUGUUCACAGAACUUGGUCCUGGUAGUUUUUUAGCAAGUGUUCCAUUUCUUGGUGUGUGUGACAAUGUGAUGCGUUUGUUUCUAUC